UUUAGCUUAGCUUUCCUCCAUACCAUACACCCCCACCCCACCCCACCCCCAGCUUCUGUCUAUACCACAUGUAACACACGCCAUCCUUCCUCCCCCUUUGCCACGUUUUCCCUCUUGUACAGUGACUGUAGUCCACCGUAGUCAUUCAUGGAUGUCUGUGCUCUCGACACGCGCCUUGGAAAUUGUAACUCCUUCAGACCUCAUCAAAGAUAGUCAGGAGCUCUCAGCAGGAGGCUGCUAGUCACUACCGGGAGCGUAGGUGGCGUGAGUAGAAACUCUUUCUGGGGGUCUCUGGAACUUUCGCCUCAUGAAGAAGAUGACUUAAAGAAUUAGUUUAUAUUACCCAGUGUACGUAGACACAGUAAGGCAUUAACGCAGUCAGCACAGAAGAAAAACCAGUGUUUCCUAGGAUUCCUGCCUGCCAAAGAUGUACUGGGAACUAUGGCUGAGCCAAGUCACGGCCAGUGCUGCUCUACAGUGUAUGCUGCUUCAGAACAAAGGUGGGCAAGUCUUUGUGUGUUAGUGCUUGAUUGUUUUUAAUGUUACUACAGUCUGAACAACUUCUGCUUGAGUUUGACUACAUUAGUCACGCAUUUCACAAACUAAGUGUUAACAUCCUGGAUCUUUCUCACCAACGUACUCACAUGCCCAAUGAUGUGUUGACAAUCUGCAAUUACAAUAACAUAAUCGGAGCAGCUGUGGUUCAGGAUGAAAGGACUUGUUACUCAUUAGCGCUUGUUAUUGAAAACACUUACAAGAGGAUUAAUUUGUCUGGACUGACAGCUGUUACAAGUGGAGGAAUCAGUCUUGUCUUAGCAAGUUGUUGUUAUUUUCUUUAGCUCUUUGGGAUCAUGCACUGCAGAAAGAGAAGCUUUUGUUGUUGUCAGUGCUUUCAUUCUGCUGUUUUCUAUAAAAGUCUAAAUUCAUGCCUGCUACACAACACAUCUUUGCUGUUGUGUUUUUAUCAAGUAUUCAAGUAUUUCACGUACUUGAUCUUUCCAUUUCCAUUGUGACCCUCCUCCUCACUCAGCAGCUGUCCAGACAUGCAGUGACUUCGGCAGCAGCUGGUGUCUACACAUGUACUGGUUCGUGGAGUCUGUGGGUGUGUUUCAGGUGGUUGCGAUCAUCACUGCAAUCAUCCUUUAAUGUGUGAAGCUCCUCCCCGGUUGCUCCCCGUGUAUAUACACACACAGACACACACCCAAAAACACUCUCGCCUCAGAUCUCACCUGGCUCAGCCUCGACUUAAAUGACAGUGUUCCAAUCCGAGGCCUCUGGCUCAAGUAAUGCUUCUGAGGUGCCUGCAAGCAAGCGGCAGUUUUGAGGAAGAGUGGACCGCUCUGAGCGGCCGCCAUCGUCAGACAGGGUUCCGAGGUGGAACCAAGCCUGGACAAACAGCUCUGCACCGGCCGUUCGGCCUGGACUCUGCGGCACUGACGGAGGCGGUGCGCUGGAGCUCCAAGGAGAACCUACUUGGGGCAACCGAGAGCGACCCCAACCUCUUUGUUGCACUUUAUGACUUUGUUGCCAGCGGAGACAACACACUCAGCAUCACCAAAGGUGAGAAGCUGUGUGUGCUGGGCUACAAUCAGAAUGGAGAGUGGAGUGAAGUGCGCUCCAAGAACGGCCAGGGUUGGGUGCCCUCCAACUACAUCACGCCGGUCAACAGUCUGGAGAAGCACAGCUGGUACCAUGGGCCUGUGUCCCGCAGCGCUGCAGAGUACCUGCUGUCAUCCCUCAUCAAUGGGAGCUUUUUGGUUCGGGAAAGCGAGAGCAGCCCGGGACAGCUGUCCAUAUCGUUGCGCUACGAGGGGAGAGUCUACCACUAUCGGAUCAACACAGGCUCUGAUGGGAAGGUUUAUGUAACGUCCGAGAGCCGCUUUGCCACCCUCGCCGAGCUGGUCCACCACCACUCCACUGUAGCCGAUGGCCUAGUCACCACACUGCACUAUCCAGCUCCCAAAUGUAACAAGCCCACAGUGUAUGGUGUGUCUCCAAUCCAUGACAAGUGGGAGAUGGAGCGCACAGACAUCACCAUGAAGCACAAGCUGGGUGGGGGCCAGUAUGGGGAGGUGUACGUGGGAGUGUGGAAAAAGUACAACUUCACAGUGGCAGUCAAAACGCUCAAGGAGGACACCAUGGAAGUUGAAGAGUUUUUAAAGGAGGCGGCAGUUAUGAAGGAGGUCAAACACCCAAACCUUGUUCAGCUACUGGGAGUGUGUACGUUGGAGCCUCCGUUCUACAUUGUGACAGAGUACAUGCCACAUGGCAAUCUGCUGGACUACUUGAGGGACUGUGACAAGGAGGAGGUGAAUGCUGUGGUUCUGCUCUAUAUGGCCACACAGAUCUCCUCUGCCAUGGAGUACUUGGAAAAGAUGAACUUCAUACACAGGGAUCUUGCAGCAAGGAAUUGCCUGGUCGGGGAGAAUCAUGUUGUAAAAGUUGCAGACUUUGGUCUGAGCAGGUUGAUGACCGGCGACACCUACACUGCCCACGCUGGGGCUAAGUUUCCCAUCAAAUGGACUGCACCCGAAAGCCUUGCGUAUAACACCUUCUCCAUCAAGUCAGACGUCUGGGCUUUUGGGGUGCUUCUGUGGGAAAUCGCCACCUAUGGCAUGUCUCCGUAUCCUGGUAUUGACCUUUCACAGGUCUACGACCUCUUGGAGAAAGGCUAUCGCAUGGAGCAGCCUGAGGGUUGUCCACCCAAAGUCUAUGAACUCAUGAAAGCAUGUUGGCAAUGGAGUCCGUUAGAUCGACCUUCUUUUUCAGAGAUCCACCAAGCCUUUGAAACAAUGUUCCAUGACUCCAGCAUCUCUGAAGAAGUGGCAGAGGAGCUCUGUAAGACGGCCUCCUCUGGUCACUGCGCUCCAUUGCACUCUUUCAGUCAUGACAUGCCUCAGUUGCCUUUCAAAUCUCGCACUCCUCACAAGCACACAGAAAACAAGGAAAACAUUGAGGGAGGACUGGACGGGCGCACCGACCACAGCACGCACAGUCACUCAGCCUGGGCGUCGUCUUUGCUGGGAGGCGACAGCCGAUCAGGAAGCUCCCCAGCUCUGCCCAGAAAACAGCAGCCACGAGAUAAAUCUCCAAGCAGCCUCCUGGAGGAUGCCCAGGAUGUGGGCAUAUUCACACGAGACCGCAAGACUGGCUUCUUCAGCUCCUUCAUAAAGAAGAAAUCCUCCUCUUCCUCCUCAUCCUCUCAGCUGCAACAAAACCUCCCGACUCCACCCAAGAGAAGCAGUUCUUUCCGGGAGAUGGAGACACAGCCUCAUAAGAAAUACGAGCCCACUGCUGAUUUCAGCGCUCCUCCUCCUUUGCCUCAAACAGACAGUUUAGGGGGCUUCUCAGCGUCUCCUUCCCACUCCCAUGGGGAACCCGCCCAGGCCCAGGCACGCUGCUGUGGGGCUGCUUUUGGGCAGAAACCCUCGGGUGGUGGUCUUGGUUCGCAGGUGACGAGUGGCAGCAGCUGGGGCGGGUUGGCUGGCUUUUUUACACCUAGGCUCAUUAAAAAGACCCUGGGGCUACGGACGGGGAAGACAGCCUCGUCAGAGGAGAGUGGCAGUCUGAUUGGUGCGUCUAAGCCCUUCCCUAGGUCCAAUUCUACCUCCUCUAUGUCUGCUGGGCUGCCAGAUCUAGAACGAAUGGCUCUUACUUUACCCAGAAACCGCAGUGCUAAACCCCCUUUGGAAAGGACGGCAUCCACAACCUCCCAGCCUGAGAAUGGCACUGCACGGCCCUCAGAAGCUCUGCGGAGGAUGGAUGAGGGAACGGCACAGAUCAGGGAAAGGCCCAAAGCUAAGUUGCUACCACGGGGCACUGCUGUAGGGGUGAGGGCACCCGGGGUUGGGGGGGAGUUGGGGGAGAUGGAUAGUCUGUCCCGGCUCAGGGAGGGUAGAGAGGAGAGUGGAGGAGGACUGGACAGGCAGCAGAGUUGGUCAUCUCCCUCCAAGACUUCAAGUUCGUGUGCUACAUCAACUGUAGCAACAACCCACAACCACAAAGUCCCGGUCCUGAUCUCCCCCACACUGAAGCACAGCCCGGCUGACGUGCACCUCGUGGGAUUAGACUCUCAGGGGAACCGUUUCAAACUGCUGUCUGAGCACCAAGCCGACCGGGACAGGCCACGACUCGUGAAACCCAAGUGUGCUCCCCCUCCUCCCCCCACUCUGCGCAGCCUGCAGCACUCCUACAGCGGUGACGGGGAGGAGCAGAUAGGAGGCGCGCCCGUGGAAGUGAACGGGGACACGUUAAAAGGUCACAGGUCAGGGCGAAUGUCCGGGGGAACGCCGACGGGCAGGCCGUCCGUGCCACCACCACAAGUGCCUCCUGCACCUUCCUCCACCUUCUCCUCCUCUUCCGCCACGAACAGCACGACUCCCACCAAAAUGGCCAACGGCGCCACCACCACUGGCUCUUCCUCACACGCAGCGCCAUCUGCUGGUUCCAAAGUGGCACUGAGGCGGACCAGGCAGCAGGCAGAGAGGGCGCCACCGGAGCGGGUCAGCCGCGAGGCCCUGCUGGAGAGCGCCGAAUGCCUGAGCAGCGCCCUCCAAGCCAGUACUGAAAGCCCGUCCAGCAGCCAGGUGCUGGACGCCGGCCACCAGCUGCUGGACUGCUGCUCGGGCUACGUGGACUGCAUCCCUCAGAUGAGGAACAAGUUUGCCUUCCGGGAGGCGGUGGGGAAGCUGGAGCUCAGCCUGCAGGAACUGAGGGCCUCGUCCUCGGGGGGGCUCAGCAGUGCAGGGUCUAACACUGUAUUGGACAAUCUGCACGGCUGUAUUAGGGAGAUCAGUGAUUUAGUACAGAGGUAGCCACCGUGGCGACACUGACGGUCAACCCAAACACCACAUCGCUUCUAUUCCCCUUUUUUUAGGUUUCUUGUCCUAUUUACAGAGCUUGGGGGACAAACAAGAUGAAACUUUUAGUACCUCAGAGAAAUCACCACAAAAUGUAUCAUUUAUUGUUUACAAGCUACAGUUUUAUAAAGAUGCCAGUGUGGACACUAACGUUGCUCUGACCUGUACAUAAAUGAAAUGUUCAUACCAAACUAAAUGUGGUUAGGUCAAACCAUGAAAUGUUUUGCCUCCAUCUGGCUGGGAGGACAAAGGCCUCUCUCUUUUUUUUUUUUUUAAUGAAUGUCAAGUACAUCAGCUGUGUGUAGCCAGCGCUCACUCUGCUUAUCUGUUGGCGUGUCACAUUACUGAGCGAGGACACCGGUGGCUGUGCCCGGCCUUACUGACAAUACUAGACAGCUGUUUUCACGGACAUAAGCUCAAGCAGUGUUUUGCAAAUAUGUGCUCAGCAUCUCGUCAUUGAGUGACCAUAAGCCAUUUUUAAAGCCAUUGUAAUUUAAAGGAUCAGGAAAGUGUCGUUUAGUGUGAUUCAAGGUUUCUGGGUCUCAAUAACACACUUCCGGUUGUGUGCAUUGUUUUUCUAUCUCAUAGAUUGUCUUGAAAUUGUCUUUUUACUAGUUGUAAUGUGCACCCCCCCCCCACACACACACACACACACAGUUUUUUUAUAGAUGGGAAGCAAGUGUUGACACUAAUCUUCAAAACUCUCUUGACAGUGACAUUCCCCCAAGUUGAGACCACUGAAAACCAAUGAAGUUAUCAUUUACAGCAUUCACAAGUGUAAAUAAGCUUAUGUGAAACAUGAGGUUUCACUACAGACAGGCUUAUCAAAUCUAAGAAGAGAACAUGUAUACAAAUCUAUUUUAACCCUUUGUAACACAGAAAGGUGUCUAAGUGACUCUGGGGUGUCUGGACUACGUUCACACAGUGCCACAUAAAGGUCCCCUACAGCCUUUCAGUAUUUAUAACAACUCAUCCCUGCACACUACAUUUUUUUCCCUUUUGCAUUUGAGCAUUAAAAAAAGAGCUGUGAGGAGAGGGAGAGCACACAGUGGCGCAUGAGCAGGUGAAUCGGGACAGUGUGUCUAUAAGUGUCCUUCCAAGUAUGGACAGUCCUGGAUUCCCUGUAGCCUUGUCAUGGCCUCAGUGCCUCACAUUCGUCAAUGUACACUGCGAACAUGCAGAGGCCUACUACACCACACUAACCACAGUACUGAUUCAACAAACAAACUGCAGUAUGUCUUCAGCACAUGAGCGAUUUGUACAUUACGUGGUUCAAAGAAAAUGCUUUUUAGAAUGUCUAUGUAUGAUGAACUUGAAUUUUAAAUUAUUCUUUUUUUAUUGAAAGCACAGACCUAUUUUGAGAGAAAAGUUAUGUAAAUAUUUGAUUUAUUUCAUAUCCAAGAAACAAGAUUUAUGUGUGGUCACAGCAUAAGGAGCAAUGUUUGAAGAGAGAUCUAUUUCAAGACUGAGACCCAUCCAUCCAGAUCUGAAUAUCUGUAUUAUGAAUGUAUUAUCCUUCAGUUCUGAAUCCGGUCGAAUGUUCUUCUGCACGAUUCUUUGAUCUCUAACGGUGCCAUUUUCAUUUUAAUGUAUUUGUUUUUGGCCCACUGUUCUAUUUUUGGUUACGCUAAACCCACAAGUGGCUGCUCUGUUUCUAGAAAACAAACAAACUGUGUACAGUGCACACAAUAAUCACAUUUGUGAUUUCUUCGUUUGCUUUGGCUCAUGUACACUGGAUAAGGCCUAGUAUAAGACACAUUGGUUGGUGGACACUAUAAAACUAAAUCUGUAAACACUGCAGGUCUGUAACACUUUGGUCAUGUCUGUUAAUGACACAUGGAUUGUCAGGUUCAAACCUCUUGUCAGCUUGUUUUGGCGACUUUCACAUAAUUUCAUGUCAUUGUGAAUCGAUAUUUUCAUCCUAUCUCUGGCCUUUGAGGUUGCAUUAAGACAAACUGAUGGUUGAUAUCUAUUCACUGUGAGUUUCAAAUGUCAUGGACUUCUUUUUUUUUCAUAUUUCUUGGUGCCUUUUUGUGAACAAACAAUUUCUGUACACUAAACUAUCACUAUAAUAAAUCACAGGAUGGCAGAGUUUCACGUCCAUCGUUCAAACAUCCAAGUGGGAUCUUUACUUUGCCAUGUCAUUGAGAGAGCUCAUCGCUACCACAUAGAUUUUUAUCAACCGUUUGAUGCAAACUUGAAGAUGGAAGGUGCACUUUGUCUAUUUAGGUGGUGUAUUAUUGGCUAUUAACACUGUUGAUAAAGCCACACUUACUCUAUAAUAAAGACAUUCUACACAAAAUUCUCUGUUUCUACUGAUCACACGAGCACCAGUCAACAAAUACCAAACUCCUUAUCAAAGUGAGGGGAAAAAAGUAUCAUUGCAGUAUCAUACACAGAUUCAGCCUAGAGAUAAUGCUGUGUUCAAUGUCCGUACAAUGGACCCAUGAGCAUGUUUUUUUUUUUUCAAAUUUAAUAUGUGAACAAAUUCUGUUCAGUUCUGAACUGAACCAUGAUAUUGAAAAUCAGUCUUUUGUGUUGUUUUCGCUUCUGUUGCCUCCAUGUUUUCUUCGUUUUCUCCUGUCUCCUCCUGAGGUGGUGUGUAUACAUCCUUAAACCAAAGGCCACGUCUUCUGUACAAGUGCAAUGUCAGCCAACACACACACCAUAAUGGAAUAUGUGAAUCUAAACAGGGAUGACAGAUGUAAACAUUAACUUUUUUAUUGUAUGAGAUCUAUAUUUUGUGUUUGUUUGUUUGUUUGUUUGUUUUUUUAUUUAAAGCUCACGUUAUAUUACUGUGAAGUUCUGCUUAUCAGUGUUAAGUCUAUUGUAAAUAAUAAAGAUAUUGAUGAAUA